UGGUGGUGUUUAGUGCAGUGCGUUGAUGUGAAGUGUGUGAGAUGCGAGAGGGGAGGGCGGGCACGAGCGGGGGAUCGGAGCAUGAUAAGGACUUUGAUGGCAUAUCAGCAGAAGACAGCAGCAAUGAGGAGCUGGCUUCACUGAAGACCCUCCUUCACUUCCCCGAAGAGGUGGCCCUCCGACUCACCGACACAGAGUACAAGAUAUUCUACCAAGUGCCACCGAUCGAGUACCUGCGGCAGGUGACUCUGGACCUGGGCGGGGAGGGUGCGGCGGGGGUGGGGGCGAGCGGGGAGCGGCACAUGAUCAGGCGGGCGCCGCCCACGCACACACCACAGCAGCGCAGCAGCGCCAGGACGCUCAUACGCCGGUUCAACGAGGUGUCUGCGUGGGUGACGGAGCUGGUGCUCUCGGGGUCCAGCACGGAGGAGCGGAAGGUGGUGCUGGCGUGCCUGCUGCGGGUGGCUCUCACCUGCUGGAACAUCGGCAACUUCAACGGCGCCAUGGAAAUCGCUGCUGGGAUCAAGUCACAGAAGCUCAGCUCGUUCCUGCUGAGUAUAGCGGAGGAGCCGCUGCCGGCGCUGGACUUCCUCUCCGCGGCGCUGCUCUCGGCCGAGUACGAGCGGGCGCUGGGCCGAGCGCUCGCGAUGGCCGAGUGCCGACUGAUACCCUUCUUCGGCGCUUUCAUGAGGGAACUCAGGGAGAUCCUGGUGGCCACUCCUUCCCUGACCAGCAGCCACUCGGCAGCCGCCACACCCACACACAGAAGAGACUUCAAGAGAGACUCAGUACGAGACGACAGAGGGUCCCUUAAAAGAGACACAAGGAGAGAGAGCACCAAACGAAUAGACCAAAGCACCACUACCAGCCCUCUAAGGGACAGCUGCAAACGGGACCCAAGACUUAGCGAACCUAACAGACAAGUGUACAUAGCAUCAUUUAACGAGGACGGCCAGCAGUUCCGGAGGGUGGGCCCCGAGGGUCUGGUGAACCUGGAGAAGGUGUACCGGACGCAGGCGGUGAUGGACCACAUCGCCAGCUUCCACCAGCACAGAUACGCGCUCGCCAGGACCGCCAUACCCAUCUUCGGGGACUAUUUAAGAACAGCCAUAGCAAAGUGUGAUGAGCCGGUGUUCGCUCAGCCUAAGGAAAGGAGUACAGGGUCGGACUUCGAGAACGAAGCCCUAUACGAGCUGGAAGGGGGCGGCUACUGUCCGGUCCAGCCUCUGCCACACGACCACGGGGUCACCAUGUUCCCUCUAGCGCCACAGAAUAGCGAACGAAUGGACAGGCAUAUAUUACAAAUAAUGCACCACGGCACGGCCUGUGUGGUGGGGGAGGCGGAGUGGGGCGGGGCGCUCGCACACCUGCGACUGGAGCGGGCCUGUGCGCUGCUCACCUGGUCGCGGACGGCGCACAGGCCACACCUACAGCACGGCGACACCCCAUCCGAAGGCGUCCAGCAGCCCGAAGUGAACCUAUCGUAUAACCCCGAAGAAGUGAUACCCCUCAAGUACUCCGGCAACCUCGUCCACGAGAACGAAGCUGGCGUGGUCGGGGAGGAAGGCUUCAUCGACCUACAAUGCGUCAAAGACAUGAGAUUGGGCGGGAAGCUGCUGGAGCCUCGGGAGAUAGCGGAGCUGUGCGCGUGUGCGAAACGACACGGCCUGGAGACGCACAGCCAGCGCGCGUACAUCAUAUCACUUGUAUACGGCAAAACCUUGUGUGAUAACCGGACUGUACAUUUUGUGUUCCCUUCUUUUUCGUACAGAGUGUGGGCAGUGGGUCUACAUUCUGUGAUAAAAGCCUUACUAAGUCAGACAAAAUUAGCAGACAGAAGUUUAGCGUGGCUAAAAAACAAAUACACCGGUCUAUACUAUGAGGACGGAUGCUGUUGUGAACCUCUCGUCUCCGAUGCUAUUAGAGUAUUCGGUGGCAGAGAAUCAGCGUACGGUAGCUCCUCACAUUCAACCCCAAUCAAAUACACAGACUCGCACGAAUCAACACGAAGUUCCGGGAUCAAAUUCAAAAAGAACAAAUCCACUUCCGAAUUGAAAAGUUCACCCAAAAGUUACGGUUCACACACGUCAGGGACGAGAAGCGAAGAUGAAACAUUACAUGGAUCACCACGACACAGUUCAUACUCCGCGGCGUCAACGCACCAGAUGCAUAGCGCGCCGCGACACAGCAGCCUCACCACCGCCAGCGUCUACAGCGGCUCGCCCAAUAGGAGUAGCCUGCGAAGACUGGAAACAAGCGAACGAUUUUGGGAGAACCUCAAACAUUUGAGAACGGGCUCCAUCGGCUACGAGACGCAACUGGACUUCAUGGAUUUCGUCGCCUUAUUCCGAAGCUUCAGUCUGGUGAUGCGCUCGGAGUUACGGGACGUUUUCGAACAGUUGGCUGUGCCUAGAAUGAGGUCACCCCUAUUGGGUGCCGAAAAAAGCCGAAGCUCACCAGAAUUAUUUCGGAGCAAAUCUGCCUUUCGUUCAGGUCUCCUGACAAGAAACGGUUCUCUAGAUUUGGAACCACCUAGCGAUAAAGCUGGGAGGAAAAAGGCCUUUGAUGUUUUAGCAGCAGCAGCCUUACCAGGCGCUUGCCCGGACAUGAGUGGACGGGUCCUAUCGCUACCCACGCUGGGAAAGUUCUGCGAGACCAGACAAAACGAGCCCAAAACAGAACAACAGCUCAAGGACAUCAUACACAGGCAUGAACCUGACCCAUCAUUGCGAGCAGAGAACUGCCUGUCUUUCGAGGGUUUCGUCAGGUUCCUGUCAGACAAAGACAACUACGCCUUCGUCCCGGAGAGGAGAGCUAACAAUUUAUUGGGGAAAGCAUCAAACCCUGACGAGGAGUACCACGCGUCGGACUUCGCUCGCGAGAUGUCGGGGCCGCUAAGCCAGUACUACAUCGCCAGCAGCCACAACACCUACCUGACUGGCCACCAGCUGAAGGGCGAGUCGUCAGUCGAGCUGUAUAGUCAGGUCCUGCUGACGGGUUGCCGCUGCGUGGAGCUGGACUGCUGGGACGGCGACGACGGCAACCCCGUCAUCUACCACGGCCACACAUUCACCACCAAGAUACCCUUCCGACGAGUCGUCGAGACUAUUGCCAGGAGUGCCUUCGUGACAUCACCGUACCCACUAAUUCUAAGUAUAGAGAACCACUGUAGUCUUCCACAGCAGCAAGUCAUGGCUAGCACUUUUGAGGCAGUGUUCGGAGACCAACUGGUGACGACGUUUCUGUUCGAAGUGGACUACACUGACGAGCCUCGCCUGCCUAGUCCGGAGCAGCUCAAGUACAAGGUGCUUAUAAAGAACAAGAAGCUCUUGCCAGUGGAAUCUAGUCCAACUAUUGGACUGACUGGAGCCAGCUCCGCACAAGGAUAUGGUGGAGUUUUAGCCACAGCUUUUAGGACCAAUGGAGUCCGAAACACUAGCGCGUCUCUUCCGGACGCAAGCAACAGGACUAGCUCCAUUAUGUCAAACCAAUCGGCCGGGUCAUCCCUCACAGAGUACUUCUCCGAUGAAGAUUAUGACGAAGACGAUGAAAUUGAUGAAAGGGAACUCCAUAAGAUUUUAAAUGCGAUGGAGGAAAAGCCAGGCCGGACGUCCCUUUCGCUCUAUCAGAGUUUUCGAAGGAGCGAGGGAGAUGGAGAAGCGGCUGGUAGUCUCAAACAUGCGGCUACCAGAAAAAGAAGCAACCAAAUUGCUCGCGAACUCAGUGAUAUGGUUACAUAUGUACAGGCGAUAAAAUUUCGUGGUCUAAACCCGAUAUCUCCAAGAAGUUCUAUGAAGCAGACGAGCAACGUGACGAAGGAGAACUCCGGUGGUGCGCCGUGCAGCAGCUUCGAGUCUUCCGAGAGCAGCGACAGCACGGGAACUCAACUAGCUCUCAGCCAGCACUCGACCAGGGCGAGGUGUCUCAACGCGCCGGCCGUCCACCACCCCUGCUACAGAUGCUCCUCCGUCAACGAGGCCAUCGCCAAGAAGAUCUGCAGGAAACACCCACUGGCCCUCAUCGCGCACACAGAGACUCAGCUCGUCAGAACUUAUCCCGCCGGCCUAAGAAUAGACUCAUCCAACUUCGACCCAGUGACGUUCUGGUCGUGUGGCGUGCAGCUGGUGGCGCUGAACUACCAAACCGAGGACGCGGCGAUGGCCGUCAACGCCGCCAUGUUCGAGAGCAACGGCAACGCUGGCUACGUCAGGAAACCCAGGGUCAUGUGGGACCCCAACCAUAUAGCUUACAGAAGGUUAAACCCAAUGGACAAGGAGUUUGAUGGCAUACAUGCUGCCCAUUUGACUUUGGCUGUGAUAUCGGGGCAGUAUGUGGCAGAAAACGUGUACUCCUUCUAUAACGCAUACGUCGAAGUCGAAAUUCUGGGAGUACCAGCCGACUGCAGGAAGAUAAAGACAAGAGUCGCUAGGCGCAACGCUUUGAACCCUAUUUGGAACGAAACUUUCACAUUUAAGGUGAACUUCCCGGAUCUGGCGUUCAUAAGGUUUGAGAUAUACGACGCGGACACAAACUACAUGCUGUCUCAGCGAGUGAUACCCCUGCAGUGCCUCCGCCCAGGAUACCGCCAUGUCAGAUUAAGGUCACCAACAAACCAGCCUCUCAACAUGGCGUCCCUCCUCAUCUUCUCCCGCUGCUCGGAGGAGCUGGCCAGCGAGAGCUGCCACAUCGACGCGGAACCCGGCUCGCCGACCCAGCGCCGCAAGAUCCACUUCCUCAUGGUCCACGCUGUGGUCUUCCACGAGCCGUACUCCAUACUGAAGGUCACUCAUGACACGACCACUACAGAGGCAAUAGCCCAAUGCUUGGCCAAAGCCGGCGUCUGUCGGUCCUCUCGAGGCAGCUACGUCAUGGUGGAAGAAGUGCCCUCGCGGACGCCGACGCAGCGGGUUCUGGCGCCUCACGAGAGAGUGCUGAAGGCGGCCACGUCGAAACCCGGCGCUAGGUUGCUGCUGAAACGGGUUGGGGACGAUCCGAGCAGCCGGGCUUGGCUCACUAGCAUACGAUCCGCCUCAACGGACCGGACGAAAGACCAAUCGGUGCAGUCAGACGACGACUCCAGCGCUCACGAGGAACCGCGCAAGCCGCCAGACAGCUUUCUAGUCUGCGUCCACAACGUCUGCCAUGAGAUACCUUACGCUAUACUCAAGGUACCACUCAAUGCUACAGCUGCGUAUGUUAUCUACCAGGCCCUGACCAAAGCGAGGUGUCACGAUGAUCCCAAAAGGUUCUGUCUGGUGGAGGAGUUAGAGUGGGGCGGCCGGGCGGGAGGCGCGCCGCAGCAGCGAGCGCUCGCUGAUGAUGAAGUGGUCUAUACCGCACAGGCCAAUUGGAAGACCCUGGGCAGGUUUGUGCUGCAAGAGAAGGGGAGCAUCGCGCCCCUGCCGCGGCACCGCGCGUGCAUAGCGCGCAUACAGCGCGGACUCAGCAUGACCAGAGGAGCUAUUACUGCAAGCACUGGACUACCGCUAGGUGGUUACAUCUCCAGCGAGGCUAUGGAAGUGAAGACUCCCGUACAGACAGCUUACAGCGACCCCACGCAUUGUAGACGAGUCUCAAGUACGCCUCUGGGCAGAGGAAUAGGGAGAGCAAAAGGACACUCUGACAAAGACAUCAGAUCCUACACACCCAAAAGAUCAGCGGCCAGAGAGGUACACUCAGAAGGCGAAACCGGCGGCUCACUUACCGCAGAGGCCCUCGCAGCACAAGUAGCGCGCUUCAAGAGAUUGUCGUUGAGAAAACUGAGGGCAUGGCGAUCCUGAGUGUGGCAGGUGUUUCGCAGGCUCGGUACAAGCUUAGCGAACCAUCGAGCCUCCCUCUCCUCCGAACUCGGCUCCCUCUGGGACUUUUUCCGAAUCGACAGAGACAGAAGACGAUCAGCACCCGCCACCUACGAACCCAUCG